GGGGAAGCCCGGCGCAUUGUUCUGCUGCCUUUGCCUCCAGCUCCCUCGCGAUAUAAGCACAGAAUAUAUAUACCCGUGAUAACAGCUAGAGGAACAUGGACUUCCAGCGCAGAGGUUACCCCUAUGCGAUCCCGGAGAAUGAAGAGAUCGCUUACAGCGUCUCUCACAAUGCCUACAACUCAACGGGAAAUGAAGGCGAGAAACCAGUGUCGAAACUGCAGCGUAGGCACAGUGACGUUAAACUCUACAAAGAGUUUUGUGACUUCUACGCAAAAUUCAACAUGGCAAACGCACUCGCAAAUGCCAUCUGUGAGCGCUGUAGAGGGGGCUUUGCGCCAGCAGAGAAAAUCGUCAACAGCAAUGGCGAGCUGUACCACGAGCAGUGCUUCGUGUGUGCCCAGUGCUUCCAGCAGUUUCCGGAAGGGCUCUUCUACGAGUUCGAAGGGAGGAAGUACUGCGAACAUGAUUUUCAAAUGCUUUUUGCCCCUUGCUGCCACCAGUGUGGUGAGUUCAUUAUCGGUCGUGUCAUUAAAGCUAUGAACAACAGUUGGCAUCCAGAUUGCUUCCGCUGUGAUAUCUGCCACGAAGUAUUGGCAGAUAUCGGAUUUGUCAAGAAUGCUGGCAGACAUCUCUGCCGUACUUGCCAUAACAAGGAAAAAGCCAAAGGCCUGGGAAAGUACAUUUGCCAGAAGUGCCAUGCCAUUAUUGACGAACAACCUCUCAUUUUCAAAAAUGAUCCUUAUCACCCUGAUCAUUUCAACUGUGCAAACUGCGGGAAGGAACUUACUGCUGAUGCUCGUGAGCUGAAGGGAGAAUUAUAUUGCUUACCCUGCCAUGACAAAAUGGGUGUCCCCAUCUGUGGAGCAUGUAGAAGACCAAUUGAAGGACGUGUGGUGAAUGCUAUGGGCAAACAGUGGCACGUGGAGCAUUUUGUUUGUGCAAAAUGUGAAAAGCCAUUCCUGGGUCAUCGUCAUUAUGAGAGAAAAGGCUUGGCAUAUUGUGAGACCCACUAUAACCAGCUGUUUGGCGAUGUAUGUUUCCAUUGCAAUCGUGUGAUUGAAGGAGAUGUUGUGUCUGCCCUGAAUAAGGCAUGGUGUGUGAACUGUUUCGCUUGUUCAACUUGCAACACUAAGUUAACGCUCAAGGAUAAGUUUGUUGAAAUUGAUCUAAAACCUGUCUGCAAACACUGCUAUGAGAAAAUGCCAGAUGAAUUUAAGCGACGCCUCGCCAAACGGGAACGCGAAGCGAAGGUGAAAGAGAAAGAGAAGCAGAAAAAGAAAAAGCCCAUCUGUUUGUAAACUUUUUUUCUCCUCACCGCCACCUGUGCUCCUUUCUUCUUUGAAAUAAAUUUGUUGAGUUUGAUAUGAAGCCUGUCUGCAAAAAGUGCUACGAGAAGUUUCCUCUAGAGCUGAAGAAAAGACUGAAGAAAUUAGCUGAAACUGUGGGAAGGAAGUGAAGACUUGGUCUGCUCUCCCUUUUCCUUAGGAAAAUGUUACAUCUGUUACUUGGGAGGGACUCUGAGGCUGUAAUCAGGCAACAGAUUACAAUGCAUGCCUUUCAUCUUGAAUUCUUCAUUCUCUCUCUGAGUACAUGUAUAUACAGAUUUGUUGAUAAACAGACCGUGCUCCUUUCAACUCACCUGAAAGGUUUCUGACCCUGAUAAUGCACCGAUACAAGCGAGCCAUUGUGCACAGUAACCUCUGAGGAAUUUUAGAUUGAGAAAAUAUGCUUGUGAGUACCUGCAAAAACACACUGUGCCAACGUGCCCGACAUUGUAGUGUCAAUUAUAUUAAUGAAAAUAUCAGUAUGCAAAUUAAGCAUGCAUACAAAAUUUCCCAUGUCCUGGGCAAGAAACCAAACAUACCUCAUUUUCCAGAAAAAAUAAUGCUUGGAUUUCAAGUCAGAUAGUCAUAGAAUCAUAGAAUCACAAGGUUGGAAAGGACCUAUAAGAUCAUCUAGUCCAACCGUCCCAUCGAGGAGCCUUGUUUAAGGUGGUUUGAAAAAUACCAUAUUUCUAAAUACAGUCACUGUACGAAUGACCUACUUCCGAUAGUUUGUACUUACACGCUGAAUCUUUGUACAUCAGACUUAGCAUGAAAAAUCUAUAUGAAGUCUAAUUCCCACUGCAAGAAACGAGUAUACUCAGAUCUACUUGAAUUUUGCUAUAUUCCAUUCAGAAUAACACGUUAACUUUUAUAUCAGCUUUUGCAUUUUAUUUACUUUUUGUGCCUUAUUCUGCUGGACCAUAUGUAACAGUGUUCCACUAAAUAUAUAUAUAUAUAUAUAUAUAGUUUUAUUUUUAUUUCUUAUUUUUGUGCAGAAACUAUGUACGAGGUAUUCUCAAAAGAUAACAAAAUUUGCCUUAAUUAUGCAGGAUGCAAGAAGGAUUUUGUUUUGAGUGUGAAUGCCUGAGGUUAAAGUUUAACUUCUAGGCUUCCCUGACUUCUGGAACAGCAAUGAAAAUGCGUAUUUGAGUUAACUGGCAACAUUACUUUUACACUGUGAGUGUAAAUAUAUGCAGUUUGGUCCUACUAGGAUCUGUUUCUUCAGCCAUCUUCAAGAACUGUGCCUGCAAAUAGUCAGAAUUCACUGUAGUAUGUUUGUGCUUGUUUUAUACUUCUGUACAUGAAAAUUUGUUUUUCCCUUUUCUGUCAAAAAUACCGUUACUUAGAAAUUCUCGAUGGUACUGUGUUAUCAAGUAUGCAAACCUUUGUUUUCAUAUUAGAGACACGAUUUUAUAUAAUUACAUCGUAGCAAGCAAAGUUUCCUUCCCUGUUUAUGGAAAACCAAAUGCUUUAAAACAUCUUUCCUGUGUCAUCAAUAAAGGCUAUGUUAUUAAAACCUG